CAGUGCUCGGAGCACGCGUCUGGUCAGGACGAGACUGAGCGGUGCUGUGAGGAGUCUCCUCGCAGCCAACUCGUUCGUUGCUGACCCGAAGCGAUUCUGAGAGUUCUUUUUUUUGCAAGUUCCCUCGAGGCCAGACCCCAGGAGUUGGUGACCCGGAGGUUUUUCCGAGGCAUCCACACUCCCUGUGGGAGUGGCCCUCGAGGCCAGGCCACGGGCCUUGGUGACCCAGAGCUUUUCUGGGCAUCACCAGUGCCUGUGGAAGGUGCCUACGAGGCCGGACCACGGGACUUGGUCACCUGCAGUCCCUGUGGAAGGUGCCCUCGAGGCCAGACCACGGGACUUGGUCACCUGCAGUCCCUGUGGAAGGUGCCCUCGCGGCAAUUUUUUGACAUUUGCCCACCAGGGUUUUUUCUAAGGCGUCUCUCGUGCAAGUUCCCUUGAGACCACACUGUGGGAUGGCAGGGAGACGCUUCAGCCUGUUCAGGCUGUUCAGGAGGAAGAGGAACGGGAGAGGCCCUGGGGCGGCCCCAGCACAGCAAGCUGAGGAGCCCCUGCAGCAGGAUCCAGGCCAGGACCGGACAGAGGAGCAGGACCGCCCCCGUGGCCGCUUCCGCAGAGCAGUUCAGAGGUUGCUGAAAAUCAUGCGCAUUCGGCGCAGAACACCCAGGACCACAGCACCGGAGCUCCUGGCAGAGCCUGACACCAGGCCAGAUGAGCUCAAGGAGAAGACUGAUGGCAGCACCGAGCCGAUCGAUCGCAUGGCAACCUCUGACACCGCUGUGACCGAGGACACGGCCAACCCUGACACCGCACUGGCCGAUCUCAUUGUGAAGGACAUCACAGAACCCACUCAUUGCACAACAGAGCCUGACACCGCUUUGGCUGAAGAUACAACCAGCUCUGACACCGCAGCCACUGAUGUCAUGGCCAAGGCCGACAUGGCCCCGAUGGCCAUUGAUGGCACAUCACAUUCUGACGUGGCACCGAUGGACGGCACAGCAAAGCCUGACACCGCUUUGCCUGGUGACACAACCGGCUCCAACACCGAUCUCGUGGUACAGGCUGACAUCACCCCGAUGCCAACUGAGGGCACAGCAAGCUCUGAUGAGGCACCGAUGGAUGACACAGCAAACCCUGAGACUGCCAUGACCGACGCUGAAACCACAACAAGUGAUCUCAUGGCAGAGGGUGACACCACGAGUGAGGGCAUCGGAAACACUGACACCACGCCAGCUGAGAGUGUGACUGAUGCUCCCAAUCUGCAGUUUUUGGAGGGCAAAGGUGUCUCCAGUUGGAAGCCAGUGCCGGCCAUCGUUUGGUCCAUCCACCACGACCUCACAUUCCACGUGUCUCCACACACCAACAUCUGCAGGCUCGCUGAGGCACACCCAUGUGAUGUGGUGAUGACUCUCCUGCGCUGUGCCCCAGAGUGUGACAGCCCCCAGUCCUACUGCCAUGUGCCUUCCCUGCCCCUCAAGGCACCGUAG